AUGGUCGCAUCCAUCGCAUCGUCGUCGACGUCUCGCAUCACAAGGCAGCUCGGUGGGCUGCUCUUGUCUUCUACGUCUUCCUCUUCUCGCAUCGCAUCCACUCCCCGCAUCGCAAGCUCAACACUUGCCCCGCCAUCGAGCUCGCUGGCCAUCAUACGACACUCUCACGUCGGAAGUGCUCCACUCGACCUGCCAGCGUCCACGACGAUCGAAGUGCUUCCAUUUCCACCGCAUCCAAAUCCAUCUCGCCCGCUCCUGCCUUCUCUGCGACAUGCACGCUCCGUGCUCGUCAAGGGCCCCCUGGGAGAAGUCGUGGUUCCGUUACACGACUGCGUCGUCCUUUCGAAUUCCGACGCCUCAAAUAUCAGCUUGAGCAUCAAGGAUGCCUCUGAGAAGAAGCAACGCGGACUUUGGGGCCUCACGCGCUCGCUCCUCUUCAAUGCGCUCCACGGCGUAUCUGAAGGACACACGGUCUCGCUCAAGCUCGUCGGUGUAGGUUACCGAGCCUCGAUCGAGCCGGACCCUCUCCCUCGCCAAUCGAAACUCGACAUUGCACUCGCUAGCACAAAAUCGUUCUUCCUCUCCGACGCAGCUAAGCAGGCCGAAAUCGACCGAGCUGCACGCGUGAAGCAAGCUGCAGAAAAACAGGGUCCCAACAUGCGCCUUCACCUUCGUCUGGGUUACUCGCACCCCGUGUUGCUUCCUGUACCGCAUGGCAUUCAGGCACAGACGCCUCAGCCAAACAGGAUCGUGCUCAAGGGCGCAGAUAAGGAACAGUUGGGCUUGUUCGCAAGUCAGAUUAGGAGUUGGAGGAAACCUGAACCGUAUAAAGGAAAGGGGAUCUUUGUGAACGACGAAACAAUCAGGUUGAAGACGGCUAAGAAGAAGUAA